CGUGACGCUGUACGUGUGUAGGCGCUUCCUCAACUUGACUAGGAGAAAAAGCAAAAUAGAAGAUGGCUGGUCACCGGUUGGUCUUGGUGUUAGGUGACCUGCACAUCCCCCAUCGGUGCAACACUCUGCCAGCCAAGUUCAAGAAGCUGUUGGUCCCGGGGAAGAUACAGCACAUCCUCUGUACAGGAAACCUUUGCACCAAGGAGAGCUAUGACUACCUGAAGACCCUUGCUGGAGACGUUCACAUAGUCCGAGGAGACUUUGAUGAGAACCUGAACUACCCGGAGCAGAAGGUGGUGACAGUGGGCCAGUUUAAGAUCGGUCUCAUCCAUGGCCACCAGGUGAUCCCUUGGGGUGACAUGGCCAGUCUGGCGCUGCUCCAGAGACAGCUGGACGUCGACAUCCUCAUAUCUGGGCACACACAUAAGUUUGAGGCAUUUGAGAAUGAAAACAAGUUCUACAUCAACCCUGGUUCUGCCACAGGAGCCUACAGUGCACUGGAAAACAACAUCAUCCCCUCUUUUGUAUUAAUGGACAUCCAGGCGUCUACAGUGGUGACGUACGUAUAUCAGCUGAUCGGCGAUGACGUCAAGGUGGAGCGAAUAGAGUACAAGAAAUCUUAAAAGGUGACAUGAGGAGGAGGAAACAAGUUGGGAUAAUGUGGCUCAGUUUAUCACUUCAUUCCUUUCCAACAGUCUCCACAAUGUCAACGCUGUAACGCACUGCACUGUUCAGUACCUUAACUCUAAAAGACCCAUGUAUUAUAUUGUUUAUAUAUCAGCAGCAGUUGCUUGUAUUCAGCUGUCAUUUGGUAACUGUAGAAAAUGCAAUAAUGUCACAUGUAUUUGUUAUCAAGAGAAAUAUUUGGUGCCAUUUUAUUUUUACCCUUCUCGUGUCCUGUUCAUGUAGCCAUCAGACCUUUAGCUUCAUGUAGACAACCUUACAGUUAUUUCUGUCCCACAAUAAAGAUCUAAUUUCACUC